AUGUUGCUCCCAACUACAGAAGAUGCGAAGGGCGCUGGUAAGCGACUCUUCAAGAAAUUCACAACUAAGGAAGGUCUCAUUGGUGACUAUGACUAUUUGAGUCUCUUUAUGCCAUCGAUCCCAUUCGUAUCGAAGACACAUAAGGAACAACCCUUUUUCGGGUUGGACUCGGAAAUGCCAGUUGUUUUGGGCAUGAUCUUGGGCUUCCAGCAUUCGCUGUCCAUGUUGGCUGGUAUCAUGACCCCGCCUAUUAUCAUCGCAUCUGCCGCCAAUCUCGGUAGUGCAACAUCCCAGUAUCUUGUCUCGGUAUCGCUUAUUGUCAGUGGCAUCCUUUCGUCAAUCCAAAUUACAAGAUUCCAUAUCAUGGGUACAAAGUACUACGUGGGUACCGGUUUGCUAUCUGUUGUGGGUACAUCAUUCGCCACAAUCACCAUCGUCAACAACUCGUUCCCUAUCAUGUACGCAACAGGAGAGUGUCCAGUUGCAGCAGAUGGAACACAUCUGCCUUGUCCAGAAGGAUAUGGUGCCAUCCUAGGUACCGGUGCUUGUUGUGCCCUUUUGGAAAUUGCCCUGUCGUUUAUCCCACCAAAGGUCCUACAAAGAAUUUUCCCUCCUAUCGUUACAGGUCCUGUCGUCCUGCUUAUUGGUGUUAGUCUGAUCGAAUCUGGUGUUACCAACUGGCUUGGUGGCUCAAACUGUACAGACACAUGUCCAAGCGAAGGAGCUCCAAUGGCUGGCCAUUUUGGUAACGCAAGAUUCUUUGGCCUGGGUUUCUUGGUCUAUCUAACCAUCUUGAUUUGUGAAAAGUGGGGGUCCCCAAUCAUGAAAUCUUGUGCAGUUAUCGUUGGUCUCCUUGUGGGUUGUAUUGUUGCUGCUGCCUGUGGUUACUUCAGUCCAGAUAAUAUCGAAGCUGCACCAGCUGCAACCUUCAUUUGGGUUCACACAUUCAAACUUACCGUUUAUGGCCCUGCAGUGCUUCCAAUGCUUGCAACUUAUAUCGUGUUGAUGAUGGAAGCCAUUGGUGAUAUCACAGCUACGUGUGAUGUUUCUCGUUUGGAGGUUGAAGGUGAAAUGUACGAAUCUCGUAUCCAAGGUGGUGUCCUUGCCGAUGGAUUCAACGGUUUGCUAGCUUGUCUCUGUACUAUCACACCAAUGUCAACAUUCGCCCAGAACAACGGUGUCAUCUCCAUCACAAAGUGUGCUAACAGAACAGUUGGUUACUGGUGUUGCUUCUUCCUCAUCGUCAUGGGUAUCUUCUCCAAGUUCGCUGCUGCAUUGACUUCUAUUCCAAAUCCUGUUCUUGGUGGUAUGACCACCUUCUUGUUCACAUCUGUUGCUGUUGCAGGUUUAGCCAUUAUCUCUAGAAAUAGAUUCACCAGAAGAGACCGUUUUGUUCUCACUGCUACAUUGGUGUUUGGUUUCGGUUCAACCAUGGUUAGUGAUUGGUUCUCCUAUAUCUUCACCUACGACGGUGAUAACCACGCGCUUCAAGGUUUCUACAAUGCCAUUAUUCUUGUUAUGGAGACCGGUUAUGCUAUUGCCGGUAUCCUUGGUGUUAUUCUUAACUUGUUCAUUCCUCAAGAGGAAGAAACCUUACUGGAUAACUCUAUUUUGAUCUUGAAAUAUAACAAGUGA